AUUCGUUUGUUUAUUGUCAGUUUAAGUGUAGUGCUCAACUCAUCAUAUUGAAUAAAAAGAAUAUAGUGUUAUAGUUGUAGUUCUGCACAGUGAUACCAAGGAGGCCGCUCAAAUGUGGCCUUUUCUAUGUUAUUUUUGGAUGAGUAUUUAAUGAGAGAGCUAGUGGUAGUAGCAGCAGCAGCAGCAGCAUCAUCAUCAUGGAAAGUGAGCGACUAUGCAUUCGACUGGACAAUCCAGAUCGCAUUUUUUAUGCCGGCCAGGUCAUUCGUGGAGAGAUUUGGAUGAAUCUCAACAAGCGUACCAAAAUACGAGCUAUUAAAAUCCAGGUAACUGGCAAAGGCAAAUGCAAAUGGAUGGAAAUCUUGCGCAAAAACUCCAACAACAACGAAUACACGCGUAGUCUUUUCUACACCAGCAAGGAGAUCUACGAGCAUAGCGAAACGCCUCUGCCCGAAUUCGAACCUCGCGGGCUUGAACUGUCUCCCGGUGAGCACACUUUUAGCUUUAAUGUGGCACUGGGUCGUGAGCUGCCCUCGAGCUUCCGCGGUAGCCAUGGCAGCAUCAAGUACAAGAUGCGUGUCCUCAUUCAAAGACCCUGGACCUUUGAUGAACGGCACACCAUACCGUUUACGGUUGUGAAGAAUAUGCCUUUGCCAUCGACAUAUCGCAAUAAUCCCACUCCGCUGGAGAAGCAAAUCACCAAGACAAUUAGCCUAUUUGGCACUCGGCCCAUUACCAUGCUGGCCCUGCUGCCCGAGGACUUUGCCGUGCGCGGCGAACCGUUGAGAAUCUGUGUAACCGUCAUGAACAACAGCACGACGAAUGUGGAGAAGCUGCGCUUCAACAUACUGCAGUACGUCACUUACUACAGUCAUGUGCCUUUGCGUGUGCAGAAGGUCGAGUGCAUUCCGAUCGCCAGCAAGGAGACGGGUGCGGUGAGCAAGAAGAGUGAACGGAGCUUUGCCCACGAGCUGCUGAUGCCGGACACGGCGCAGCCAACGGAUGAGCAGUUCAGCGGCGUCAUAACCAUAUCCUAUGAGCUGCGCGUUGAGGCUGUCCUACGUGGGUUCUUUAAGAAUUUGGUGCUCAACUUGCCGUUCAAGGUCUACUCGCAGGAUGUUUCCGCCAGGCUGGGCUCGGUGCGUCCAUCGCUGCCGCCACGUCCCGACAAUGGUCCACCGGGGAUUGAUGAGGUUGCGGCAGUGGCGGCCGCUGCUGUGCCUGGUAAUCCCUUCGAUCCAGCUGUUCCUGCAUCUGUGUAUCCAGCACUAGAUUCUUCCAUUGGCUCGCCAUCGCAUUCGUCGGUGUAUAGCGAAUGCAGUUCCUUGAACUCCACCGCCUCGGACUCCACGCUGAGUCCGGCCGUUGGUGGCGUGGAGCUAUCCUACACAUCCGGCUCGCAAUCGUCGCAGUUUGGCAGCCCCUCGGCUCGUGCCAGCCUGCGCAGCAGCUCCAAUGUGCCCUACAUGCCUUAUGCUUCCAGCCCGCUGAUGGUGCAAUCGUAUCCACCGCCGCAUCUGCCGCCGUACCCGUUGCCCGAGUCGCCGCAGUAUACGCUGCUUGCCUUGACGCCUCCGCCAGCGCAGCCUCCAGCUGGAGCCAGCGGCUAUAGCCAACUGCCGUCCACGUCGGCAGCAUCUGGAUCAUAUCUGCAGUCCCGCCACCAAGCCGGCGCGCACGAAUUGCCUCCCUCCUAUGACGAGCUCUUUGGCAGCGCCAACGCUCCGCCGGAAUCGCCGAAGUAAACUGACGAAUCGCCCACACAUAUAAAGCUCAUGCCGCCCAGUUAUAUCUAAGCUUUGCCUAGAAAUGCAUCAGGAUUACUUUAGAGUGCUUGCCACCACAUAUGCCUACGUAAACAUAUUCUGGAGUUGUGAAAUGUAACGUAUCUCGAAUCAGCAAGCGCACAAUUGCCAUCAGCACAACUUUUCUCACAAACUACUUACAAUACGCCACAUUGUAAAGCACUGAUUGAAAAUGAAAUUCAUAUAUACAUACAUAUACAUACAU